AUGUAUACCAUGGUGGAAACAAGCAUCCGGAGUCCUGUGCAGAAAGCAAGCACACUGACUGGGGAAAGUGUGCCUGCAGGGGUGAAACGCAAUGCUCCUACACCAGAAAGGAUAAAAAGUAAUGCUCUUAAGCCGAGCCAAAUUCGAAUAAAGAGACCUAUGAAUGCUUUUAUGGUGUGGUCAACAGAAGAGAGAAAAAAGAUGCUUGCAGAAUAUCCCAAGAAGCACAAUUCUGAGAUCAGCAAGAAGUUGGGAGCAGACUGGAAACUCCUCACUGAUGCCCAAAAGAAGCCCUUUAUAAAUGAGGCAAAAAGACUAAGGGCUCAGCACGUGUCGGAAUAUCCGGAUUAUAAGUACACACCAAAAAGGAAGCAGAAGAAACUCCAGAAAAUGGAUCAAUAUUACCUGCCUGGUGAAGUUUCAACUGCAGAUACUAAUCUCAUGUUGGGAUCUGUAGGAGUUGGUCGGAGGACAGACCCUUAUGUCCCCAUGAAUGGAUGGCCUACAGGGGCAUAUGCUUUCAUGCAGGAGCACUUUGACCACCUGCAACAUCCUGGUAUAAACCGGUCUCCAUUUCAGCACGUGCAGAGGUAUGAGCUUAACGGCCUGCAUUAUGGCUCCAUGUUGGCUUCCUCUCAGACUUAUAUGAGUCCUGCACCCAUGUAUAACAUACCAGCACACUACACUCAGCAGACCACUAGUACCCUGGGCUUUGGAUCUUCAGCACCAGGGACUGAAUCUGAUUCCAGCUCUUCUGCAAUUACCCCACACCCUCAAAAAAUGUACACUGCAGAUCUAAGGGAUGCAACAAGCAUUUACAUGCCUCUAAGUGGAGAAGUUGGUGACCCGUCUUCUCUACAAAACAGACUACAUGGCAUUCAUCCGCACUACUAA